AUGGAACCACCGCAACCCAACAUGCUGGCGCCCCCGGCCGUGACCGCCCUCCGGUCACAGGCCGGCGUCAUGGAGCGAUCCCUGAGCGAGGAUAUCCGAGAAGAAAGAGAGGAAUUGCGCGAGGCUGCCGAGCAGACCUUGAAUGUCAUUCUUGACCUCAACCUCGACGGCACCAUCCGUUGGGUCAGCCCGUCAUGGGCCGAUGUGAUUGGCACUCAGCCCGAUUCUGUCAAAGGGACCGCCAUGGCCGAUUUGAUUGUCAGCGACAACAAGACGGUGUUCGCGGAUACAGUAGAAUCGAUGAAGUCAGACGACUCCCGGAGCCAGAGGGUUCGCUUCGCAGUAGCAAUGGGCCCCUUGUCCAGAUUGUUGCCCAUCGACAAUCUCCAGGAUCAGGAGCUCAAUGAGACCGAGGAGCCCGUUCCCGACGCUAUCGACCUGGAAGCCCAAGGCAUCAUGGUCUAUGACGGCGUCUCGGGAGGAGAGAGUCACACUAUGUGGAUGAUCCGGCCCUAUAUCGCGCCUAGAGAGAUCAAGAUCGACCUUCCCGCUGUCAUAGUUGAUUCGCUUGGGUCUGGCGCCGAAGUCCUUGCGAGUUACCUUACACAGCUGGCCGAGUCCGGUGUUGAUGAUCCCGAAAACCACCCUCCGCCACUGCCAGUCUUGUGCCGAAUUUGCGAGCGUCAAAUCUCACCUUGGUGGUUCGAGAAACACACCGACUUGUGUCUACAAGAGCACAGGGCGGAAAUGGACGUGCAGAUGGCACAAGACAGCCUAACCGAUCACCGACACUGCAUUGUCAAGGUCCUCGACGCUCUCGAAGCAAGAAAAAGCCGGCCUCUGGCAGGCGAUCAGCUCUCCGGCCCAGCUGCCGAGUACAAGGGUCUGCCGAUUGGCCCUCCCCUAUCGGCCCAAUCAUCUCCCGGAAGUUCGGUAUCACAGUCUCGGGAAAGGUCAGGUGGUUUUGGACAUUCACGAGCUCGUUCUUUUGCUAUCAGACGGCCCCAGGCGAGGAUUGUGGAGUUGCUCCUCGAUCUCUGCGAUACGGCGAUUGAGAUCAGCACUCCGGCUGUGAAGGAGGCUUCUUCUCAGAACCCUGGCGAGAUCAGGACACAAUCUCCCCAGUCCGAGUCGCGCAUCUCACAGGUUAUGCAAUGGCAGUCACCAAGCACUAACACGUUGGAACAGGAGCAGGGCCUUGCUCUGCUAUGCGCCGACACCGAAACAGCCGCCAAGGCGAAGGUGGAAGCAGUCUUUAGACACCGCAAGAUCAUCGAGUAUGCCGAGCGCAUCAGGAUCGAAUUCGCCGUCAUUGUUCAGGACUGCAUCGAUGAAGCCAUGCGCAAAGCAGCUCGGAUUGCAGCGGGACGCCUUAGCGACUCCACCGAGGAGGAGGAAGACGAGGGGGCCACGCCCGCGCAAGAGGAACUCUUCUUUCAGGGUUCUUUUGAAAACCCUUCGGCCCUUGCGGUUGCGCUACAAAAUGUCAACCUCAACGACACCACAGACAGAGCCCGGCCGACCUCUAUUGUCGAAUCGGCGCGGUCGAGCAGCCCUAGAGAGUGCCCGACGCCGAGAUCCAACUUGGGAAGCAUCAACCCAACUGCGCCUGCCCGUGAGUCCAGGCGAGAAUCGUUGCUCUUUGAGAGUGACAAUGGAGACAGCGAUGGAAGUAUCCGCUCCUCUUCCGUGACCUCGCGGCAGCCACCUCGUACCGAUUCCCCUAUAUCCGAGUUCGGAGAUCUCCGCCGAGCAGCCAGCUCCAGACAACAUCAUCGCAGGAGCAUUAUCCUGCCCGGUGCCUCUUCGCCCCGAAGGCAGGAAUCGCCUUCGCGCCUUAAUCAGCCGUCAUCUCCACUCCGCAUCCUCAAGCCGCGCAACUUUCCAUUCCCUCAAGAUGGCAUCACGUCCCCGGAAGCAUCGCCGCUGCUACCCGGAAGCGACUUCAGCUCUCCAGCUCAUCUGCCGGCGAGUCACCACCGCCGACAGUCCUCAACCGCGAUGUCCGAGUUUGUGAUGAAGGGGCCUCCGUCCCCGAGAAUGACAGCCCACCAGCCCCCGCCACAAGCACGACCAGCGCCUCCUUCCAUCAAGGAUUUUGAGAUCAUCAAGCCGAUCAGCAAGGGAGCUUUUGGCAGUGUUUACCUGUCGAAAAAGAAAUCGACAGGGGAGUAUUUCGCCAUCAAGGUGCUGAAGAAGGCGGACAUGGUUGCCAAGAAUCAAGUCGGCAAUGUCAAGGCUGAACGUGCCAUCAUGAUGUGGCAAGGCCAGAGCGACCAAAACUCGGAUCCCACGCCCGAUCUCCUCAAGCAGGGCCCAUUCGCCCGCUCAUCCUCGUUGGCAUCAUCCCGCUCCACCUCGCUGGAUCUUCACGGCCAUGCCCACUCGCCCAGCAUGACGCCACAGAUGACCCCCGACACUGGCUCUAGUGGUGGACAGCCCUCGUACUUCGCUUUGGGAGGUCCAGACGCCCGACGUGUCUCUAGUCACCGUAGCGAUAGCGGUGGCAGUGAAACUCUCGCGCGCAUGCUCAACAGCUUUUCAUUGAACGACCAAGAGCACACUCCGCCAGCCCAAAGCUCGCAGCCGGCCCCGGAAGACGCAAGCGACAGCAAUGGCCAGGCCUCGCCAGACAUGGCAGCUCUCCAUCACGCCAGCACUCACUCUAGCGUUGACUUCCUGGGCAAGAGCACACCUCCCCAGUCGUCAAUGAUGCCGCCUCCGAUGGCUCUGUUCGAUCCGGAAGACACCAAUCGCCGUUUCGUUGGAACACCCGACUACUUGGCCCCCGAGACAAUCAAGGGCGAAAAGCAGGACGAGACCAGCGAUUGGUGGUCCGUUGGUUGUAUUAUGUUUGAGUUCCUCUACGGGUUCCCACCUUUCCAUGCUGGCGAAGCCGAAGAAGUCUUUGAGAACAUCCUGGCACGCAAGAUCCAGUGGCCCGAAGAGAACGAGUGCGAGCCCAUUUCCGACGAGGCAAAGGAUCUCAUCAACAAGCUGCUCUGCAUGGAACCCCAGUCACGACUGGGAGCCAACCGAGAGGACAAGUUCCCCUGUGGCGGCGACGAGAUCCGCAGUCACCCCUGGUUCGAGGGAAUCAACUGGGAGACUUUACUCCAGGACGAAGCGCAGUUCGUGCCGCAACUUGAGCAUCCUGAAGACACGGAAUACUUCGAUGCUCGCGGAGCCGUCCUGCAGUCUUUUGCCGAAGAGAUGGAGGAUCAGUUGUCGCCGCCUGUCUCUGGUACAGGCUCCGACUACCACGAUCGACCGCACGAUGCGCUGUCCCGUGUCCGGUCCCAGGUUAACUCGAUCAAGCGCAACUUGAUGCCUCUUCACAUCCCUCCACAUGUCAGAGACUUGAAGAGCAGGCGGCUUAGCGAGCCCGUCGUUGCGGAUGAUUUCGGCAGCUUUGCCUUCAAGAACCUUCCAGUGCUGGAGAAGGCCAACAAGGACGUUAUCCAAAAACUUCGGGCAGAGGCAUUGGCGUCACAAAGCAAACCGACCGUCAUCAGCCCCGGCGGCAGUGUCACUUCACCUGGCCCUGUACUUGAGGGUAGCCCUGUGUUAUCCAACCCGGUCCAGCGCACGAUUUCGAGUGCGAAGAACCGACCACAGUCACCUUCUGGUUUGAGCCACGCCAACUCGUCCCCUAGCAGGGCAUCUCAGCCAUCAUCGCCCUUGCUUGUCUCGUUUGUUGCUGGCCAAGGCAGCGAAGGAAGACGAAAGGCAUCCAGCAACUCCUCGAGUCUCUCGCAACAAUCCAGCGUGUCCCACCAGCCUACGACUCUCGAUAUACCGCGAGUUCCACCUAGCUUGCAGAAGGCAGCAACGAGUGCAGCUGCUUCUCCAGUUAAGGGCCGUGGCUCGGGACCCCCGCCACCGUUGGCACUAUCGCCUCAAAAAAUGGUAUCGACACCCAGACAGGCAUCGAGCAGUCGAUCAAGAUCCUUGACUGUGGGUUCGCAAUCCCAAGAAGGCAGUCCCAUCGCCUCAGAUGUGCUCUCACACCACCGCAAUCGUCGCAGCCAGGUAUUCGACAUGUCCCCUUCAUCAUCUGAUAACGAGGGCGACAAGCACAAUGCGCUUCUUCGAGUGCAGCGCCGCCGCCAGAGCUCCCGCCGCCUCUCUCAAAUCGCGUUUGAUGGCGGUCCGAUGUUCCGGCCAUUGGACGUUCUGAUCUGUGAGGACCAUCCGGUUUCUCGUAUGGUCAUGGAGAAACUGCUCGAGAAGCUGCGUUGUCGGACGAUUUCAGUGGCCAACGGAUCCGAGGCCGUGAGAUAUGCUAUGAGCGAGAUCAAGUUCGACAUCAUCUUCUUGGAGUAUAGGUUACCUCAGAUCAACGGCGCCGAUGUGGCUCGGAUGAUUCGGGAGACUAAGAACACGAACUCUCAUACGCCCAUUGUCGCCAUCACAGCCUAUCUUAAGGAGCUCCAAGCACCGCACUACUUUGACUCCCUGAUUGAGAAGCCGAUCUCGAGUUCUAAGUUGACCGAGGUCCUCAAGAACCUCUGUCAGUGGAAGCCAGAGUCGCCCGGCGUCAAUUACUCGAUGUCCCUGGGACAGUCUCAGCCCGGUCCAUCCGGUCUUCGUCAGACUAGUUCGCGAGCAGACGACAGCCCAACUUCGAGUUCGUCCAUGUACGCUGGACGACCGGGCAGCAGUUUGAUAACUUCGAGCAGAGAGGACUCCAUCAGCUCGAGCCUUUUCGGAGACUCUGAGUCGGUGUCAACUGACGACGUGCCAGUGGUCAUCAGCCGGAAGGCUACUGGCGACUGGGACGAAAGCGGGCUGGGCAUCAGCCAGGAUGAAAUCGUGCACCCGAUCAACUCGCCCAAGUCACUGCCCCACCUUGUCACGCAGCAGUCCGCGCCGGGACAGCUGGAGCACCCCCGAAGGUCAGCGCCGCAGCACUCUGUGGAGAAGCUGAAAGCGAGAAAAGAGCACAUCGAGAAACGCCUCGCCGAGGGCACAGACUCGGCCGACGACGAGGACGAAGAGCUCGGUCUCAGCCGAGACAAGCUGUUCAGAGGCAAGCCGCUAUUGCCUAGUUCGAAGCUGGGAAUCGAGAUGAUGAGGGCCGAUAGCCACGACAGUGUCACGAUAGGAUCAGAAAGCACUCCGGAACCCAUCACUCAAGUUGUGACACCCUCUAAGGAAAUGGACAUGCCUUCGUACGAGACGCUACAGAAUGCAGCCGCGCGAACGCCCCCGGAUAGCGGUGUCAGCUCAGAAGACAAGACUCUUUUCUCUGAUGUCGACGAGACGCCGAGACCGCAGCCAACGAACCGAGAAGACGUUGUAGAUGAGGAACCGACACCGCGGCCCUUGGAGAGGUCUGGGCUGUUGGGGAACCAGUAG